ACACAUGCUUUCCACGUCCGACAUGAUUGGACCGCUUGCAACCUCGCGUUUAAAAAAAGUAGGGAAGUGCGCACGUUCAUGUUUACUUCUCGGGUGCCUUAAUCAAGAAGAAGUGUAGAGAAUAAAAACAGGAUGUUUGUCGCGCGUAGUAUCGCGGCCGAUCAUAAAGAUCUGAUCCACGAUGUUUCUUAUGACUUUCACGGGCGGAGAAUGGCGACGUGCUCCAGCGACCAGAGCAUUAAGGUGUGGGAUAAGGGUGGUAAUGGAGAAUGGAACUGCACAGCAAGCUGGAAAACUCACAGUGGCUCGGUUUGGAGAGUGACCUGGGCCCAUCCAGAGUUUGGACAAGUGUUGGCGUCCUGCUCCUUUGACCGUACUGCCAUAGUAUGGGAGGAGAUUGUUGGAGAGUCCAAUGACAAACAACGAGGACAAAGCCAUUGGAUAAAGAGAACCACACUUGUGGACAGUCGGACAUCUGUGACCGAUGUGAAGUUUGCCCCGAAGCACAUGGGCUUGAUGCUGACCACAUGUUCUGCAGACGGGGUGGUGCGAAUCUAUGAGGCCCCUGACGUGAUGAACCUGAGCCAGUGGUCCCUGCAGCAUGAGAUCUCAUCCAAACUCUCCUGCUCCUGCAUCUCCUGGAACCCUUCCAGUUCCCGAGCUCAUGCACCUAUGAUUGCAGUGGGUAGCGAUGACAGCAAUGUAACGUAUGGUGGCAAAGUUCAGAUAUACGAGUAUAACGACGUUACAAGGAAAUAUGCCAAAGCAGAGACACUGAUGACAGUUGCAGAUGCUGUACAUGAUAUUGCAUUUGCUCCAAAUCUGGGACGGUCUUUCCAUGUACUUGCUAUUGCAACCAAAGACGUGCGCAUUUUCAAACUGGUUCCACUUCGAAAGGACAGCUCUUCUUCAGCACCCACUAAAUUUGAGGUGCAGGUGCUGGCUCAGUUUGACAGUCAUAACUCUCAGGUGUGGCGGGUCAGCUGGAACAUCACCAGUACACUUCUGGCUUCAUCUGGUGACGAUGGUUGUGUGAGACUCUGGAAAGCAAACUAUAUGGAUAAUUGGAAGUGCACAGGUAUUCUAAAGGGAGAUGGUAGUUCAGUAUCCGGUCAGCCUGGUGUGCUGAGCGGCGUCCUGGGAUCCGCUGCUGCACUGAGUGCCCUAAACGGGGCAACCGGAAGAUAGAUGCCAUAUGACAGGAUCCCUGAGCACUUCUUUGAUACUGGACUUUACACUGAGACCAACUGAUUGUGCUUGCUGGACAUGCAGGAAGACUGGCACUUACCAUGGGUCCAUUAUUAUUAUGUACUGCCUUUAGUGAAUGUUCCUUAAGUUGACAUUCCUUGAAGUCUAUGGAGUUGUUUUAUUGUAUUAUUUUGAAAUGAGUCGUGUUUAAAUGGAUGUUCUGAUCACGUAAAGACACCAUAUCUACAUGUUUUAUAUUAAUUAUGUUUUGUUGACAUGAUUAAGGGAAAAAAGAUACUGCCAUUGCAAAGCUGCAAAAUAUUGGACUAAGUGACUUUACUCUUUAUUGUGAGAAUCAUAAAGGUUAAGGUUUAAGCAGCUGGUAUAAAUGAUAUAUUCAGAAAUAUUUUAGCUCCUUUUUAUUUAAAUCAUGCAUUUCUACUUUAUUAGUAAAAUAGGCAAGAACAGUACAAUUAUCCUUGCUAGGUUACAUUUGAUAGAUGAUUCGAUGUACAUGUAUCAUCACAAGUUUCUGUGAAAAAGAAGGGAAGUUGUAUUAAAUGCCAUAAUGUUAAAAACUUCAACAGAAUUGUGUUCUUUUACUAUUGAUAAAAUAGUGGAUUGAAUAUAAAAAUCUGACUGGGCCUGGAAAAAAAAACGCCAGUCUAAUAAUGGAUGGUGUUCAUAUUUUAAAGUAGUGACAUUAAAAAAAAUUCUGUA